AUGGAAGAUCUCAGGCCAAGCAUCUUCUCAAACAUACCUCAUCAUUUGGUUGGGAGAAAGAGAACCGACUCUCUGUUUUUGAUCAAGGUGCAAGUGUCAUCGGAAGAUUCUAAGACUCAAGUAAAGGAAUACCUGCCACGUACCUUUGGAUUAAGAAAAAAAAAUCUUAAGGGAAAGUUUGAUAUUCAUACUCCUAUGGUGGCUACAGGAUUCACUGCAAUUGAGAGUGAGAACUCCCUUUACAUAUUGACCUGUGCUCAUCUAUUUGAGGAUUUCUACUCUGACAAUGUCGAAGCUGAUUCUGUCACGCUAGAGGGCUGGUUUGACAUUUUGGUCGUUUGUCAACACUUUGAGAGCCACAUGAUUGUGAACUACCCUAACCUUUAUAAGGAGCCAGAUACUGAUCCAAGACUCUAUGCACCUGCAAGUAUUGUCAGAUUGGAGGAGCGUAAAGAUCUAAUGCUGUUGCAAGUGAAGAAGAAUCUGUUAUAUGGUACCCCUACACUGUUAUGUGGGAGUCCACACCCGGCUCUUCAUCUUGCCCGGGUCCUACCUCGUCCUACAGAUGAUAUCAUGUUAGUAUCUUGGCCUGCAACCCGGAAAGAUUCAGCCGUGAUUGGCCAGGUGGUUGGAGGAGAUAGGGAGUAUGGUCAGGUCACACAGGACUUGUCAAAAGGAUACAAUAUGCAUCUAGUUGAGUUAAAUGUGGCUGGAGGAGAAGGCACCUCUGGUGGGCCAGUGCUGAAUCAUCGUGCGAAUGUCGUCGGCUUAUACCACGCUCGUCUUGGAGCUACGGGAUAUGCUGUAUCUGCCGCAGAUAUCUACGAGUUCUGUCACCAUGCUGUCCUUGCUGAGGAGGUUUGA